AAAAUAAUUAUUCUCAGUAGCUGAGGCCAUAAUGAGGAAAGAAGAGUUAAAUAUUUUGUGGUUUCUCUUGAGAUAAAGUAGGAAACCGUGAUGCUCUACCAUUUCUCGUUCACUUUUCCGUAAAUCGUAGAACGGUGAAGAAAUAAACAAUGGCGGAUUCUGCUCCUGCCGGUGGACGUGGUGGAUUUCGAGGUGGUUUUGGCGGUUCUCGCGGCCGUGGUGGCCCCAGGGGACGCGGUCGUGGACGCGGCAGGGGACGUGGACGUGGUAAGGACGACCAGAAAGAAUGGACCCCUGUCACCAAACUGGGACGUCUAGUUAAAGAGGGAAAAAUCCAAAGUCUUGAACAAAUCUAUCUGUUCUCUCUGCCCAUCAAAGAAUUCGAAAUCAUCGAUUUCUUCAUUGGUUCAACCCUUAAAGAUGAGGUUCUCAAGAUCAUGCCUGUACAGAAACAAACCCGUGCAGGUCAACGUACCAGGUUCAAGGCCUUCGUAGCUAUUGGAGACAGCAAUGGGCACAUUGGUUUGGGUGUGAAAUGCAGCAAGGAAGUAGCAACUGCCAUCCGUGGUGCUAUCAUCCUUGCCAAACUUUCUGUCGUACCAGUACGUAGAGGUUACUGGGGUAACAAGAUUGGUAAACCCCACACAGUACCAUGCAAGGUGACAGGCAAGUGCGGUAGUGUAACCGUGAGGCUGAUUCCAGCACCAAGAGGUACUGGUAUCGUUUCCGCCCCUGUACCCAAAAAGUUGCUGCAGAUGGCUGGUAUUGAAGACUGCUACACCUCAGCUAGGGGUUCCACUGGUACAUUGGGCAACUUCGCCAAGGCAACUUUCGCUGCCAUCGCCAAGACUUACGCUUACUUGACGCCUGAUUUGUGGGCAGAUAUGCCUUUGACUAAGACUCCCUACCAAGAGUACUCCGACUUUUUGGCCAUGACUGCCAAACCGAAGAAUGCUGUUCCCGAAUGAAUUGUGAUUUAUUCUUGAAAAUAAAUAAAUCACCUUUUUAGGAA